GGCGCACGAAUCUUGACGGCAAAACCCCGGAAUGGAUAGGGUACUACGAAUCCUUUCUUCCUCGGUUCAGGGGAGAGGAGAGAACAGGGGACACGGCGGCCAUGGCGAUGCCCACCUUCCACCUCGCCCCUGACCUGCCGCCCGUCUCCCGCCUCUGCUUCGGAACCAUGACGAUGGGGGAGCAGAGCGGGCCGCCGGAAUCGCUGCGCCUCCUCGACGCCGCCUUCGACGCCGGCGUCAACUUCUUCGACUCCGCCGAGAUGUACCCGGUGCCGCAGCGCAGGGAGACGCACGGGCGCAGCGAGGAGCUCCUCGGCCGCUGGAUGCGGGCCCGGAAGGUCCCCCGCGACGGCGUCGUGCUCGCCACCAAGGUGGCUGGGCCGUCUGCUGAGAUGACGUGGAUCCGUGGCGGGCCGGAGGCUAUCGAUUCACGGAACAUCACGGAGGCAAUCGAUAGCAGUUUGCGCAGGCUGGGUGUGGAUUACAUUGACCUUUACCAGAUCCAUUGGCCUGACCGUUAUGUUCCGAUGUUUGGAGAAACGGAAUACGAUCCAAGCUGUCAAUACGCGUCUGUACCGAUGGAAGAACAGCUAGAAGCUCUUCGAAAAGGCAUAGAUGCUGGCAAGAUCAGGUACAUUGGCCUUAGCAAUGAAACACCAUAUGGGGUGAUGAAGUUCCUUGAACUGAGUAGGAAUUUUGAGUUACGCCCCAAGAUACUAACAGUCCAAAACUCGUACAACUUGCUUUGUCGAAAUUUUGAUGCAGGAUUGGCGGAAUGCUGCCAUCACGAGAGAAUCAGUUUGCUGGCCUACAGCCCAAUGGCAAUGGGUAUACUUUCAGGGAAGUAUCACUCAUCUGAUGAUAGUGGUCUGCCAGAUGCAAGAAUGAAUCUUUUCAAAGGAAGAUACUCCGAGGGUGAAUCCAGAUACAAUCUUCAAAACCCCAAACUUGAAUCAGCCAUGAAGGAAUACAGAAGAAUUUCCAUCAAGUAUGGAGUUUGUCCAGCAAUCCUGGCAAUUGCAUUUGUACUGAGACACCCCCUUGUGGGAUCAGCUGUUUUCGGUGCAACUAAAUUGAGGCAGCUUCAGGAAGUUCUUGAGGCAACAAAGAUCCAUCUAUGCGAGGAAAUUGUAGCAGAGAUCAAUGAUGUUCAUGCAAGAUAUCCAAAUCCUUGUCCGUGACAUUCUUUAAAUUGUUGUUUUCCUUCUUUUUUUUGUUGAUUUCUCCAUUCCAAUGUUUUUUUAUUGCUGAGCUAGUUGUCUGCUUGUCUUACUGCUUCAUUUUAGCCUUCUCAAUGUUGUCAUGUACUAUCCAAAACUUAUUAAUAGAUUGUUUUAUCUGGAAAUUAGUUAUA